AUAUUGUUGUUGUUGUUGUUUUUGCUAUUGUUCUUGUCGCCUCUGCCGCGUCGCUGCCAUUGUACCGCGCACCAAAAAGUCGUUGAAAUUCGAUCGCCGAACGCCAACCGAACUCAGAACGUUGCCGCUGCGCAAACGCAAAGCACGCGUCCCUUACACACACAAACACAAACACACAUACCAACACACAACAACUCCUUGCCACGCCCCCGCCUUCAACGUAUCAGGCAAGCCGGCUUGCAGGAAUUUUGUGAAAAACAUUUUUAAAGUCACAAUUUUUUGAACUUCGAAAAACACGUUGGCUGGAAUUUUCAAAAAUCAAAUUAAAAUUUCAAUACCUCAACGCAUUGUUUUUGGUAAUUUUGUUUUUUUUUUUUUGCAUUUUGUGUGUGUGCGUGAAACAAUUUUAAGUGACAACAAUUUUGCGGAGCUCAGCGUAAAUUACACGAAAAAUUCAGGCAAUCUGGCCGUCCAGGGAUGGGGAUGCGACACUUGACAGCCACAAAAAUGGGCGUUUUGCCAGUGGGUGUGCUGGGAUUUAUAGUCGUUCAAUUGGUGAUAUCGGUGCAGGGACAUGGUCGUCUUAUGGAUCCACCGGCAAGGAAUGCCAUGUGGCGAUUUGGUUAUCCAAAUCCCGUAAACUAUAAUGAUAACGAGCUCUUCUGCGGCGGCUAUGCGAUUCAAUGGGAGAAGAAUAAAGGACGUUGCGGCGUCUGCGGUGAUGCCUAUCAUGUUAAGUCGCCGAGACCCCAUGAAGCUGGCGGAGAAUAUGCCAAGGGCAUUAUCUCCCGUUACUAUAGCGUUGGCCAGGAAAUCGAUGUAGAAGUCGAGUUAACAGCCAAUCAUUAUGGUCGCUUUGAGAUGUUCCUCUGUCCGAACAAUAAUCCACGACGGGAGGCAACCCAAAAGUGUUUCGAUCGUUAUCCUUUACCGAUUUCAGGUACUCGAGAGCAUCGUUACCUUAUACCGCGUGAUGCCAAGAAGAAGGAUAUAUUCAAAUAUCGUGUACGAUUGCCACCAUAUGUAACCUGUACGCAAUGUGUUCUACAGUGGACCUACUAUACUGCCAAUAUGUGGGGUACUUGCGACAAUGGAACCGAAGCUGUAGGAUGUGGCAAGGCAGAAACCUUCCGCAAUUGUGCGGAUAUUGCGAUUGUCUCAAACACUGGAGGUGGUGUUCCACCGCUAUUUGUGAACCAGAAGUCACCGUAUCUGCUGUAUUAUCGCGAUUUCCGUGCUCCUCCCGACAACAACAUCUUUCCUCUUAUUGUGCGUGACCAGAAAUGCGUUGGAGCCGCACCCUUCCGAACUUUGCCCGGCAUAGACAACUGGUGCGAAAUCAACUGCUUGCGUUAUCCGCCCAAUUGUCCAGAGGACGCCUGUUAUUGUCCUCAGGACUGUGUGGCUAUUGGCGAGUGGGCUGGUCAAGAAGGAGCCGAUACCUAUUGCAUGGAUAAAUGCCUCAACUACGAAUCAGAGUGUCCGCGUGACAGGUGCCGCUGUUCUUAAUCCGGAUG